CGUUCACCGAGGUGCGUGUGUUCAGUUUUCAAAGAACUUGUUGCUAAUAAACAUUGUGUUGUGUGUGUGUGCGUCGUACAAUUUACGUUAAACAGCUGUCGUAGCCAUGAGAGACGAACGCUCCAGCCCAUCUCGCGUGCGCAUCGCAGUAAUUGGUAGCUCCCGAGUUGGUAAAUCUGCACUCAUAGUGCGGUACUUAACACGAAGAUACAUAGGAGAAUAUCAUUCAAAUACAGACCUGCUCUAUAGACAAACGGUGACGAUUAAUGGAACUCCAAUAGAACUAGAAGUAAUAGACGUCUCUGGAUCAAAUUUGGAAAAAUUUCCCACAGAACAGAUUCAAUGGGCCGACGCGUGUCUACUGGUAUACUCCGUGACAGAUAGAACAAGUUUUGAAUAUGCCACCGAAGUAUUAAACAUUUUGAAGAAACCACACAAUAGCAGUCCAGCCCAUAACCCUGCCUCAUCCGGGAUGCCCUUGGCGUUAUUAGGAAACAAGACGGAUUUGGAUCAUUUAAGACAGGUACCAACAAAAGAUGGCCAGUCAGUCAGUGCAGCGCACGGAGCAUCGUUCAGCGAAGCAAGUGUCGCCGAUAAUACUGGCGACCUCUAUCGGUGUAUGGACAAACUACUAGCUGAAGUACGAACCCCGCAGCGCACGAGAAAAUUCUCCGUCACAAAGAUGCUUGGCUCUUUAAUAGGCGGUCAAAAUAAUAACAACCAGACAACCCGUGGGUCAGUAGUAGCCUGUCCACGAGUUCCCACACCCACGCGACCUGCCCUUGCGGCGGCUGCGCCUUGACCGUCGCCACCUGCGCAGCGAAUGCGUUAGAACAACUUUGACUACCUUUAGGUAGACACGGUUCAUAUCGCUUUGGAUGUCUAGGAGUUUAUUAUAUUAUUAAAUUCGACGGAAUUCAUUGUUCCUGGGAUCCGAACCGGCUGUAUGCAAUGUAGGAAAAUUGUUACAACAAAGUAUGGAAUUAAAAUCAACCAUGGCUACUUAAAUGUUAGCCGAUUCGGGAACCAAAGGCAAACCAAAUUUUAUACGGCGUAUAUGUUUCUUGUUAUACAAGACACAUAUACUUAUUUAUAAGGAAUGUAUGAUGAAGCGUUGCAUUUUUGAUGUUUUUAGUAAAAUUUCAUACUUAAUUAUAAGAUAGAUUUAACUUAUAUUAUUAGCUAAUGAUCCCAAAGAAUUGAUUCUGUUCUAAGUUCAUACAAUAUGAGAUGAAUUAUGUCGUGAGAUUAUUCGGUAAAUCUAUAUUAUACGAGUAGAUAUUUACGACGAUUGUAUAACACUGGUAGCUGCUCUCCACUGUUAGGUAUUAAGUUUAGUUAUUUCAAUAAAUAAAACUAAUAAAGCCAUUAUUUUUGUUAUUGUAAUCAAAAAUAUAGAUUAUCGAAUCGAAUGAUCUCGCAUAAUAAAGUCUUAAGAAAUCCAACAUGUUAAUAUCAUUUUGAAUUAGAUUUUUUUACGUGCUUAAAAUUAGUCAAUUUGUACCGUAGGUUAGGAAAGGUAGGGAAUUUGUUGGGGAAACGGUCAGAAGUAAAAAGUAAGAUUACAUACGAAUUUCAAUUUUAGAAGUUUGACAGAACGCUGACAAGCGUGGUUGUCAGAUAGACGUCAGUAUGCUCUAAGUGUCAUUCUAAUGUCAUAGAAUUUUGUAGAUUGACAAUAAUGAGUCAUCAAAGGAAAGAUACCUGAAAUGUAUUUUUAGUGCUUAUGCGUGCCAAAUAUAUUGUCUACAUAUUAAAUAGUAUAACUGUACUAUUAAAAGCAUUUAAUGAAUGUGAAAAUGAAAAUAAAUACAACAUUAUUAUUCAAAUAUAUUAGCUAUUAUAUAGCCGAAAUUGUAGGUAGGUGUAACACAGUAAAGAAUCAACAUAUUGUAUGUCUAAUAUUUCACAAGGAAAACUUCGUAGUAUUUAAAUAUCGUUGUAUGUUUAAAGAUAAUAUUGAUUGAAAUCAGUAUUAUAAAAUUAUGAUUGUUCUAAUUAAUCUAAUGAACAAAUAUGUGAAAAUUGCUACGUUAAGUCAAUGUCUAGUCAUUAGGUUAUAGGCUGUGAAAAGACAUAGAUAAAUUUGAACAUUGAAAGGAUGCAACGUAUAAACCAUAGAUAAGUUUGAUUGAAAUGUGCGUUACGUUCUGUUUUUAAAUAUUUGACAUUUAAUAUAGUACCAAACAAUGUAUUAUCUGCGUAUUUUUAUUGUAAAUUUAAAACCAAAGAUAUUAUGCAAAGGUGAUACGUGGAAUAUAAUGUUAAGAUUUGAAAAACGGAACUGAUUGGGAUAAGAUGUAAAUAUUUUUAAAAGUUGUUAAUGUUUAAUAAAGAAGAUGUC